AAAUGUUUUCAGGGAGGGGCUGUCGUUGUGAAUGUCUUUAUUUUUCACACAUUUGUCCGAGAAAAGGCGGAAAAUGUUCGAUCAGAUUGUGGGAAAGUAAGAGGCAAUUCUUCUGCUGAGACUUCAGGAUGGAAGGUCUUCCCCACAUUGUGCUGUUACUGCUUGUGAUUCAGGACUCGGUGAAUGGUGAGUUCCUUGUCAUUGGACCUGCUGAACCUGUUGAAGCCAUUUUGGGUGAAGAUGCUCUGUUGGAAUGCCAGCUUGUGCCAGCCAUCCCUGCCAGCAACAUGUUGGUUCAGUGGUUUAAAUCAGGUCUAGAUUCACCCGUUCAUGUGUACGGACGUGGGGACCAUGAUGCUGCUGUUCAGCCCAGGAAUUACAGAGGAAGGACAGAACUGUUGAAAAAUGAACUGACACAAGGAGCCAUUUCUCUUCGGAUAAAGAACACAACAGUUUUUGAUCGAGGGGAAUACAGAUGUUUAGUUAAUAGCGGAACCUAUUCUGCAGAAGCUGCGGCCAGACUGAAUGUCAUAGGUUUGGGUCAAAGGCCCUGGAUUCAGUUGAAGGGAUACCAUAAAAACGGAAUCCAGCUUGUGUGUAAAUCCAGUGGAUGGUUCCCUCAGCCAGAAAUCGAGUGGAUCAGUGAAGAUGGACCUGUUUUAUCACAAGCUGAACCAAGUUAUGAUGUGGACUCCAAUGGUCUUGUAAACGUCCAGAGUAUCAUUGUCAUUGCAAAACAGUCAACAAACAGGUUCAAGUGUCGUAUACUCCAUCAACAUUUGGGAAUUACACGAGAAGCACCAAUCAGGAUAUCAGACAAUAUCUUCCCUGGUGUCCCUGAUUGGCUGGCACCUUUACUCGCGACCCUCUGUUGUGUGAUUGCUGGCAUCGCUGCUGUGCUUUAUUGGAGUGUGAAACACCAUCGACAGAUUAAAGGACUAAAACUUCAGAAAUCGUUCGUAGAAUGCGAUGUGAAUGUUGGGGGCUUAGUGGGUGUGCUGAUGCUUCGCAAGCUUGUAGACAACACAAAGAUAGGCUGGUUGGGUAAUAUUGAGGAAGAUGGGCUUAGUUUACAGGAGGAUCCCCGCAAACCGACACUCUUCAGGUCAUCGUCUCAUUCUCUUUUGAAAGAUGUGAUUGCUUCUGCCUCCAACAGACUCUCAGACAUUGAAUUCCAGAUCCAGACUCUGUCUCAAAAAGAUCGAUAUUUGAUCGAUGAGUGUCUGAAGGAGUGGAAGAGAAUUUGUGCGUAUAAAGUCUCUGUGACCCUGGAUGUGGAAACAGCGAAUCCCUUGCUCGAGGUGUCUGAGGAUCUGAAGGGUUUGAGUUGGACCGCGACCCGGAGGGAUCUCCCUGUCACCGGGAAGAGGUUUACAAAGAGGGCCUGUGCCCUGGGAUCAGAGGGAUUCACAUCGGGGAGACAUUACUGGGAGGUGGAGGUGGUGGAGAAUCACCGCUGGAGACUGGGAGUAGCCUCAGAGUCUGUGGAGAGGAAGGGCUGGGUCAGUCUGAUCCCGGAGAGUGGAUUCUGGACCAUUGGGCGGGAAUGGGAUCAGUUUUAUAUAAACAACACUCAAUCCCCUCUCCCUGUCGGUCAGGUCCCCGGGAGGGUGGGAGUUUAUCUCAGUUAUGAGUCUGGGACAGUUUCAUUUUACAACGUGGACACCAUGUCCCAUCUCCACACCUUCACUGGGAAUAAAUUCACUGGGAAACUUUAUCCUUUCUUUGGGAGUCGGUAUUUAUACCAGUUUCUGAGAAUCUGCUCCUGAAGGGUGGGGGCUCCCUGACGUUACAGUGAACUGACCCUGGGGUCAGGGGUCAGAAACAUACUUUGAGAACAUAUUGGUAUAAAAUAUUCUUUAAAAUUUACAAUUUAUACUUUGUACAAUCAGACUGUAAAUAACUUCAAUAUAAAUAUAAAUGUCAGAUGGACCUGACCUCAGGGUGAGGGACUGGGUUAGGGGUGAGGGGUCAGGGUGUUACUCAAUGUGUCAUUCAAUUUCAAGAUUAUAUUGUUGAAAAUCACAACCAAAGUGUAAAUAAAUCAGACAGAAAUGUAAA